AUGUCUAUAAGGGGCCAUGUGGCACAUUUAGAGGAUGAGGAUGAUGAUGGUGGUGGUGGUGAUGAUGAUGAUGAUGAUGAAACUCAACACAAAUCCAGUACCAUCAUGAGGCCCAAAGUCCCGCCCCCGCUGCCUCCAAAGCCCAAAUCCCUCUGCACUCCCCAGGAGAGCCCUGCCCAUGGAGAUGACGAAGGAGAGGGAGGGACCAUCAAGCGCUGUCCCCCGGUCUCCGAGAGCCCCGCCAGGCCCUCCCACGUCCCUCCGCGCCCCCCGCCCCCCCGCCUGCCCCCCCACAGACGCAGUAGUCUAGGUAACGAGCUCACGGCCGGCCAGGGCGGAGCCGAGCCCGAGGGGGAUGAUGGGAGCUUUAGGCAUUUCUGGGAGUGGCUCCACGCUCCGCACACAGACGAGGAGCUGGAGGAGGUGAAGGAGUUGGAGGAGGAGUUGGAGGAGGAGGAAGAGAGGAACGGCUUGAACUCCUCCCAGCAGAACGGAGAGAGGAACAGUGCAGCAGAGAGACAGUGUACGAUGCCCCCUAGUGUCCCCAUACGGAAAGACAAGAAGGACAUGCCGAAGCCGAUGAGCAAUGGUCUUCCUCCGACGCCCAAGGUCCAUAUGGGGGCGUGUUUCUCCAAGGUGUUCAACGGCUGCCCUCUGAAAAUCCACUGUGCCACUUCCUGGAUCAAUCCCGACACAAGAGACCAGUAUUUGAUAUUUGGUGCUGAAGAGGGGAUCUACACUCUAAACCUGAACGAGCUGCAUGAGACCUCCAUGGAGCAGCUUUUCCCUCGGAGGUGCACAUGGCUGUACGUCAUGAACAACUGUCUGCUCUCCAUAUCUGGGAAAGCCUCUCAGCUCUACUCCCAUAACUUGGCUGGCCUGUUUGAGCACGCCAGACAGAUGCAGAAACUUCCGGUGGCCAUUCCCACACACAAACUCCCCGACAAGAUGAUUCCCAGGAAGUACGCAGUAUCCAAUAAGAUUCCAGACACCAAAGGGUGCCAAAAGUGCUGCGUAGUGAGGAACCCGUACACGGGUCAUAAAUAUCUCUGUGGAGCAUUCCAAUCCAGUGUGGUCCUUCUGGAGUGGGUGGAGCCUAUGCAGAAGUUCAUGCUUAUCAAGAACAUAGACUUCCCGCUGCCGUGUCCUCUGGAGGUAUUUGAGAUGCUGGUGGUCCCAGAACACCAGUACCCCCUCAUCUGUGUCGCGGUCAGCAAAGGCACCGAGAUCAGCCAGGUGGUCAGCUUCGGCACGGUCAAUCCCAACUCCACCUCCUCCUGGUUCACAGAGGCCGACACGCCCCAGACGUGUGUGAUCCACGUGACCCAGCUGGAGAGAGACACCAUUCUGGUCUGCCUCGACCGGUGUAUAAAGAUUGUGAACCUCCAGGGCAGGUUGAAGUCCAGCAGGAAACUAUCUGCUGAGCUCACCUUCAACUUCCAGAUCGAGGCCAUUGUGUGUCUCCAAGACAGCGUUCUUGCUUUCUGGAGGCAUGGUAUGCAGGGGAGGAGUUUCAAGACGAACGAGAUCACUCAGGAGAUCUCAGACAACACCAGGAUCUUCAGAUUGCUGGGAUCUGACAGUCUAGGACAGAAUACAGGCACAGAGGGGCAGACAGGGCGCGAGGCAGCAGGCAGUCAGCCCAGGGUGGUGGUUCUGGAGAGCAGGCCGACAGACAACCCCAUGGCCCACAGCAACCUCUACAUCCUGGCUGGCCACGAGAACAGCUAUUGAGCCAUGCCCACCUCCACCUGCCUGCCACCACACUGCAUCAUGGGCAGUGGAGUCCACGAAUGAAGACUACAAUACUGCUACUGCUUUAGCUUCACAAAAGAGGGGUUCACGUCAAAAACCUGCCUUUGUACUUCCUUUUAACUCCAACUUUUUAUUUAUUGUGGCAUGUAACUACGACGACCCAGAGGACUUUUAUAAGUGAUUUCAUUUUAGGAGAAACAAAAACAAAAGUGUUGCCACCACUGCUAGAAUCUUAGCCCACCACACAAGUGCUUAAUUUACCUCUAUUUAAAUGUUGUAAAUAUAAAUGUAGUAUUUUUGUGCAAAGAGAGGCCCUGGAUACUCAGGGGUUUGGACACUAAGGACUGCAGGAGACUGAGGCCAGGCCGUGUAGAUAGGAUGUGUGAAUAGGCCUUCUGUACAGUUAUGGAAACACACAGGGGGGGGGGGAUGAUGUCAUAGAGCUGUGCAUAGCAGGUGGACUUUAUAGUUCUGUGACACAAGACAAGGAAGUCUAUUCAUACCUUCGUGGUUUGGCUUAUCCAGACAAUGUCCAGAAACAACCCUCAUCCCAACGACGUAGAUGUGAUAUUGCUCAUAGAGGAGGGUUGGAAGUCACGAUUAGGGUUGUUGUUUAUUCCAUUUUGCCCUCUGAUUGGCCGGUGGGGGCUUCCAUCAUUGCCUACACCUAUCAAGACCUCUCAGAUCUACUGUAGGGUCUAGUGGGUGUGAGUCUGGUUGGGUUUUCUCAGGCUUGGACUGAGCAGCACAGGAAGCACCUCUGGUCAUUUCAUAAUGCAUGCAUCAUCACCCCAAAUAUGGUCAAUUCCUGUCAGCUUGCUUUGAAAAAACAUCAACUGGGAGAUUUCUGUUCUAACUUGAUGCGAUGAACCUUACAUUUUUAAACACUUUUAAUCGCAAACUACUUUCUAUUCUUGAUUUUAUGUUGGGUUUUUUUUAAUACUGUGGCAUCACUGGUGUUAAAAUAUGCACAAAAGGUAUUUGGAGAAAAAACACUUAACAAAUGUGACGUUGUUGUAUGUAACUGUGUAUGUGUGUGUGUAAAGUAGCAGUAUGCAUACACGUGCGUGUAUGAAACAUCAUACAUGCCCAGUACAUGCAUAUAGCUAGAUAUGUAUAUGCAGUAUGUGUAUAUGAGUCUACGCAUGUACACGUCUUUACAAGCUGUGACACAAGUUAGCAUUAGAAUAGCAGAAAGGAACUGAACGCUACAAGCUCAGCGUUACCGCGACGAUGUCACAAGCUCCACAGGGGGAGAGAUUUCAACGGUCAGACUCUGAACACGCUCCGGUUGGUACCGUCGUCCUCUAAAUCACGCGAGUUCACCUUGUAAUCCCAGUCGGCAACGUUUGAUCAUGACAGAGAACUAAAAAGAAACAUUCCUUACUACAGGGCUCAGUGAAUUCAAGUAAAUAUGAAUGUUACAUUUAAAUGUAAUGCCAAAAUAUGUGUUCAUCUAUGGCCAAAAUUAGUUGGGUGUCUACCUCGUACAAUGUUCUAGACUAUAAAGAAGACAACUAAAUUGUGUAAAAGCCUGCAGUGUACUACUUAAAGUAGGUUUAAGAACACUACUGCUUUCGUUCAUGUUGGUUAUGAUUUUCUGUUCACAGUGAGCAUGUGUCAGGAUCGUGGACAUACUAAAUCUUUCUGUUUUGCAGCAUUACCAUUUUCACAUUGCAAUGCACAUUGUUCUAUGUAUAUAGUGUAAAAUAAAAAAAUGUUGGAUUUA